AUGGCGGGGUCCAAUGGCACAAAUGAGGAUGAAUCUUCUUUAACUUAUCAGCAAAUCUUUAAGUUAGACAUUGAUGUUGGGUUCAGUACUAAAACUGCAGUAGCUGUGCUAACAUCUCUGUUCUUCUGUUUUGUAAACUGUGUGAUGUUCUUUGCUCUAAAAAGCAAGCGCAUAUUCCAGGAGACGCCGCGCUACAUUCUUUUUGGCCACAUGCUUAUGAAUGACUCUGUGCUUUUGCUGGUCACAACUAUUAUGUACACAGUGGCUCUCUGUUUUCUUCCAAUACCUAGGUCCGUCUGCACUCUGUUAGUCUUUAUUUCUCAUUGCACUUUCCGUAACGCUCCUCUGACACUAGCACUGAUGUCUCUGGAGCGGUACGUGGCGAUCUGCUUCCCUCUGAGGCACUGCAACAUCGCCACACCAAAAAGAACUGGAAUCGCCAUAGGAAUCAUCUGGUUCCUUAGUUCUAUCAAUUUUGUAACAGAUAUUAUUUUUGUUUUAGUUGUUGACCACAGUUAUUUAGCUGGCAUUAUAUUUUGCACAUUAGAAAAAUUGUUUUUAUUCAAAUGGCAGCUGGAUAAAUAUCAAGCGUUUGAUGUUCUUUAUUUUGUGUCUGUUGCAGUGAUCAUAAUUUUCACAUACAUUAGCAUUAUGAUCACAGCCAGGUCUGUUUCCUCUGAUAAAGAUUCUGCUAAGAAAGCCCUCAAAACUGUGCUCUUGCACUUGAUUCAGCUGGGACUGUGUCUCACCUCUUUUCUGUAUACUAUAAUAGAAAGAACACUAUACAUGAUGACUGGAAGCAACUCUUCUCUCUUCAUAAAUCUAAGAUAUUUAAAUUAUCUUAUUGUUCUUAUUCUGCCGCGCUGCCUGAGUCCUCUGAUCUAUGGUAUGAGAGAUGAAGCCGUGUGGCCCUUAUUUAAAUAUUUCUUCUGUUAUCGUUCAGGCAAAGUAAAGCCCACUGUUAAUGUACAUUAA